AUGGUCUCUGACUUCUUCUACCCUAAUGUCGGGGGCGUUGAGAGUGCCAUCUACCAGUUGUCGCAGUGUCUACUGAGACACGGGCACAAGGUGGUGGUCAUCACCCACUCCUACGGCAACCAUCGCCUGGGAGUGCGCUACGUGACCAAUGGUCUGAAGGUGUACUACCUGCCAAACAAGGUGAUGGCGCGUACGUCCACUCUACCGACUAUUCACACCACCCUGCCGUUGUUCCGCUACAUCUAUCGCCGUGAGAAGGUCACGAUCGUGCACGGGCACACCGCGUUCUCUGUUAUAUCCACCGAGGGUAUCCUCCACGCGCGCACUAUGGGACUGCCGGCGGUGUUUACCGAUCAUUCGCUAUUCGGCUUCAAUGAUAUCUCCAGUAUACUGGUCAACAAGGUACUGCAGUUCACCAUGUGCGAUGUGAGCCAUGUCAUAUGCGUGUCACACACCUCCAAGGAGAACACCGUGCUUAGGGCGGGCAUAUCCCCAACGCAAGUGUCCACCAUUCCAAAUGCUGUAGAUACUAAUGUCUUCGUGCCUGACACGACAACCCGCAAGUCCGAUCGCAUCAGUAUAGUGGUUAUCAGCCGCCUGGUAUAUCGGAAGGGCAUCGAUCUUUUGGCUGAGCUAAUACCGCGGGUGUGUGCCGAUUUCCCGGAAAUCGAGUUUCUGAUAGGAGGCGACGGCGACAAAAGAGUGCUUCUAGAGGAAGUCCGCGAACGGAACCAGCUGGAUGACCGUGUGGAGAUGUUGGGCAUGCAAACACAGGCACAGGUGAAAGCCCUCCUGAAUCGGGGCCACAUCUUCUUGAAUACCUCGUUGACCGAGGCCUUCUGCAUAGCCAUCACCGAAGGUACGCCGUCUUCAUAG